AUGUCGUUUUAUCACCCCACUUUCUUAUCUUCUGACUCCUUGUAUCUGUCAAAACAAACCAGGAAUACAGAUCCGUCUCGUUUAUGGAGCUCAUGGGAUUUUGAUAAAGCAAGGGGUCACCUUAUGGCCAUUCAGCGACAAGAUGGAACGGAUGAAGUUUAUCGACGAGGGAUCGUUGUGGCAAGUAACGUACCACGCGAAACUUAUCUUGAGUUUUGCGACGGAGAACCAAAGGUUUCUGUUAAACACCGGCUCAUUGAUGGGAAAGUCAUAGCCCACGAGAUACCUCUAAAUCCUCAUUCAGUGGUACAAGGAGUAUUAACUGGUGAGAUGUAUACCUGGAACCGUUGCGAACUCGAUGUUAUGGGCGAAACGGACAUCACUGUGAACACGAGAGAUGUGUAUCGUCCAGAUGCUUGUAUUCAACCGCAACAACGUCGACAACCUCCACAAAGGCGGGCAGUCAAUGCAACGGGUAACCCAUACCCAACUAUGGUCAUAGAAAUUGGUAGCACAGAAAGCCUAAACAGUUUGCAUGAGCUGGCAACAUAUUUUUCUCCAUGCACCAAUAUUCAAAUGUAUCUGGCCAUCAAGCUCUUUCCCCGUCGUCAGGAUCGCACCUUUGCAUUGCUCGCAUUGUUUUACAGACGUGACCAACCGAAUCCAACUGUACCUUGUAUCGCAAAGUCCUUUGGGACUGCAAAUCUUCAUAUCUCCACAACAAGAUUUCUUUUGAAUAUUCCGAAUUUUCCGGCUAACAGUCUUACUGGCAUCGGAUGUGGACAAGUUGCUUGUGAUGGUCCUAAUUUGCCAGACUAUCAACUCGCUAUUCCUACCAACUUACUUUUUGACGAUGUUCCUACUGGCAUACCAAAUGGAACACCUAAUGAUUUCUUCAUAGAUUUAUGGGAUAUACAAUGUGCAUAUAGUCGUGCAUUACGAAGAUGA